CGGCCGUGCCGAGGUGGAUCUGGAUCCGGACUCGACUCGAAGCCAAAACCAACUCGCUCUCUCUCGCUCUCGCACACGGUAGACGGUACGUCCCGCUCCCGCGCGCGGCCGGCCACGCGACUGGUCAGGCGCGAGGCGAGCGUUCACGCGCCCCGCGCCUGCUGGUUGCGGACGGAGGGGAUAUCCACGAUCAGAGCGGGGCCAGCCAGCGCGGGCGCUGCGGUCGACGACGGUCUCUGUGCGCGCGCGAUGGUGGCCGCGGCGAGGGUGGUGUCGGGGGUGAAGGCGGAGGGUCUGCUGCGGGGCGCGUGCGCGGCGCUGGCCGCGGCGGCCGCGCUGCUGGUGGGGCUCAGCACGCAGACGGAGACGGUGCUGCUCGUCCGGAAGAAGGCCACCGUCAAGGACGUCCAGGCGCUCUGGGUGCUGGCGAUGGCGGCCGCGUCGGCGGCGGGCUACCACCUGCUGCAGCUGCUCAAGUGCCUCUACCUCGGCCGCCGCCGCAGCGGCAGGGCUCUGGCCUGGACGUGCCUCCUGCUCGACAAGGCGUGCGCGUACGCGACGUUCGCGACGACGGUGGCGGCGGCGCAGGCGUGCGUGGUGGCGCUGGACGGCGCGCACGCGCUGCAGUGGACCAAGCUCUGCAACAUCUACACCCGCUUCUGCGAGCAGGUCGCCGGCAGCCUCGCGCUCGGGAUGCUGGCCGCCGUCGGCACCGCCGUCCUCUCCGCCGCCUCCGCGCGCAACGUCUUCCGCCUCUACUACUGCUCGUCGCACGCCUCGCCGCCGCCGCGGGAGACCUGCGCCGCGCACUAGACCUCUCGGCCCAGGGCGUCAGCUGGGCCGGGCGUGCUUCUCCGGAGAAUCUAACACUGGGCCGUCACGAAGCGCAGGUGCAGGCCCAGAUGAAGGAUGAUUGAGUUGUGCUCUAGAGUGUACUCCUCCUACCUGUGUUUCCCUCUCUCUUUUGUCUUUGUCUCUCUAAGGUGUGUACUUCUAUUUUCAUUUAAUUUUGUUGCAUUUGGUACGUUAGUUGUGACGUGAGUAUGUAUGUUCGUCAGUGUAUUCCGUACAUAAUAUAAUAAUAAUAAUAAUAAUAAUAAUAAUAAUAAUAAUAAUA